AAAAAAGUGGAACCAUGGAAACUUUACACCAUGGUCUCCGGCCUGUUGUCUGUAGAUUUAGUUAUACUACUCGCUUGGCAGAUGUUUGAUCCGCUACAGCGUAUACUUGAAACAUUCCCACUCGAAGAUCCCGUAUUGACAUCCGAUGAUAUUAAAAUACGUCCAGAAUUGGAGCACUGUGAAAGUCGACACAAUUCAAUGUGGCUGGGCCUCGUUUACGGCUUCAAGGGUCUAAUACUCGUAUUUGGUCUCUUUCUUGCCUAUGAAACACGUUCGAUUAAGGUGAAACAAAUUAACGAUUCCCGUUAUGUGGGCAUGAGCAUUUACAAUGUUGUUGUGCUGUGUUUAAUCACAGCACCGGUGGGCAUGGUCAUCGCAUCGCAACAGGAUGCCUCAUACGCGUUUGUUGCAUUAGCUGUGAUAUUCUGCUGUUUCCUAAGUAUGCUGCUGAUAUUUGUGCCAAAGGUCAUUGAGGUGAUACGACAUCCUAAGGAUAAAGCCGAAUCAAAGUACAAUCCCGACUCGGCUAUCUCGAAAGAGGAUGAGGAGCGCUAUCAGAAAAUGGUAACCGAAAACGAAGAAUUGCAACGACUGAUAUCACAGGUAUGA